GGGCCACAGACAAAAGGAUUAAACAUUAACGGUAACCCUAUCACUCUGGUAAUGCUAUCUGCUUUUCACAGCUCCCAUGGGGAAAGCAUUAGGCAAAUAAGAGCGCAAUACAGUCAGCCAUGGAUGCUGGGCAGGCUGAACAGGAAGUGCAUGUUCAAGCAGCUGUGGGAAUUCGACAGAUACCAGGCUCAUUGAAACAAGACAGCUUCCUGGUGGUGAACAAAGAUUCUAACCGUCUGAUAUUCAUUAGUAAGGCGGACAAAGGAGUGCAGGAAGGAUGCUUCACCAUUGAUGGAGUCUUCAGUUUGGACACUGGGCAGGACAAGCUCUUCCUGGAGCAGCUGCAACCUCUGCUGGCCACGGUGCCUUUGGGCUACAGUGUGUCCUUGCUGGUUUGUGAAGCCCAUCACGACGAAACCCAGACACAAAUCCAAGCCUUUGUCCAGAAGGUAAUAGAAUCUGUCUUGCAAGAAACCAGCCCUGCCAAAAAUUGUACUCAGUACCUCCAAACCGUCACCUUUGUCCAGAUCUACACAGAUGGAAAGGCUCAAGACCUCCUCAGCCCCAGAAGUCAAGUCCUCCAGGUGAUGGACCUCCCUCCGCUGGGGCUGGUGGCAGAAGAAGCGACUGAAGUAGUUGUGGCGAAUUCACAAGCUGCCACUCAUUGCUACUUGCAGGGGAUGUCAUUGCACCAAAGUUAUUUGCAGAAAUCUUUCCAGAAGCAGCACAAAGCAGCCAUAUGUGGCAAUCUCUUCACCAUCACCAUGGAGACAAAAGCAGAGGGUGGUCAGGGGCUUCAGCGUGCCACCGUCAAGAUCUUCGAGUUUUCUGGAGGAAAUGAGCAACACCCUGCUGACCCUUUUUUGCCCCUUUUCCGAGCUUCAUCUGCUGCGGCUCUUCCUGCUGACACAGGGUUCCUCUGCUGGAUGCUGAAGCAUUUGCUAGAAGAAAAUGCCCUCACCUUCCUGCUGUUGUGCCUGACCCUGCCAGAUGCUUCUGGAGAAGAGAUACAGUCUGCCAUCUCACUGACCGAACAAGUGAGGAAUGUGACAAAGAGAGUGGCACCAGUCCAUUGGGAUCCCACUCAUGAGGCUCAGAAACGAAGAGAGGUGAUAGGAGAGCUGAGAGCCCAGCUGUCCUUCAGGAGUCGGGUGGAGCAGGAGAGCACGCUCAGCCAAUUGGAGAGGGUGAUCAAGGAGAUACAGGUUCUGAAAAGCAAAUGCUGGAAGAAAAAGAAAGAGGUCCCAGCAUAUGAAGCAAAGGAUACUUCUCCUGAAGGCAGGGGUAAAAUUACAUCAGAUAUGGAUGAUGGGGGUGAACUUGGGAAUCAACAAAGCCAAGAUGAUACAUGGCACGACAAAGAAACAUCAGGAGGUGGCAGCAUCCCAAAGAUCCAGCUUGAGCAGGUUGGUGUACUUCAAAGUGCGAUGGAAGACAAACCUUUCACUGCUGCAGUGCACAGAGCCAGAGACUUGAGCGAGGCAACCCAGUCGUCCAGCCCUAGCCUGGUUGGUGAGCAGCACCAAGACACAAAGGGGAGGUUCUCUCAAGCAAAAGCCCGGUGGCAGGUUCUUCAAGAGCAACACCAUCUCCUGAUACAACAGGGACUUUUGAGAAUGGAAGAGCAGCUGGCAAGUCAAGAGCUUCCUCCAGGCCAGCAAGGAGCCAUGCUCUGGCAGAAAGAAAAGUCUUUGCUGAUUUUGCGCAUGGAGGCAUUGCAGAAGGAACAGGCGGAAGCAGAAAGGGAUCUGGAGGAGCUGUACCAAGAAUGCCAACGAGAAACUGAAACACAAAAACAACACAUCCUGCAGGUAUUCCAGGCUUAUAGGAAACAUGCUGAAGAGCAUAUAGAUGUCCUGGAACAGAGAUAUCGAAAGCUGCUCCAGGAGUCCCUUCAGGAUGCUAUCCUCCUUUCCACUCAGAACCACCAACUGCAAGCUCAGAAGCAACUGAGCUACAUGGAGAAAGCUACCCAGACUGACUUCCAGACCCUUACAAAGAGCCACGAGAGAGCCUCCCCAUCCUAAGAGC